AGCCAUCCGAACGCAACAAUCCUUCUCCGCCGUGUUCCUCUUAGCCUCCGCCGCGGGCGGAGAUUCUCCGGCGAGGAAUAACGGCGGCGGCUGAAGCGGAAGCGGCCGUUCUGUAAAUAGAAGCCACACCGAUCUGAAAACCCUGGUUCUUGUGCGGCCGCAUUGAUGCGACGAUCGAAUGUCCGACCGUCGGAAGUCGGACCCGUACACGCACCCGAGACAUCGUGCGCGAUGAUCGCCUUCAAACCCCACCAGCUCCGUCCCCCCUCCUCCUCUUCCCGCUUUUCCAUCCUCCCCAAGCAUCGCCGUCCUCGCCGCCGCGCCGCCCUAUUCGGCUCCGCCCUCGCUGCCGUGCUUCUCUGCCUCUUCGUAGUCUCGAGAGGUCUCAAUCGCCCCAAAUACUCGAUCGUCGUUGAUGGCGGCAGCACUGGGUCUCGGAUCCACGUUUUCGCGUACAGGAGCGGGUGGGGAUCGUUGCCAGCCCUUGAUACAGGCCUUUCGGCGUCUAUGAAAGUCUCCCCGGGCCUCUCCUCUUACUCGUCGAAUCCGGAUACUGCUGGGAAGUCUCUGGCGGAACUGCUGGAGUUUGCUAAGGUUAAAGUUCCGCCAGAAGUGUGGGAAGAUACCGAAGUAAGGCUGAUGGCGACGGCAGGUUUGAGGUUGCUGGAUGCUUCGGUAGUGAAUAGGAUACUGGAGUCUUGCAGGAAGGUAUUGCGAUCUUCUGCUUUCAGAUUCCAGGACGAUUGGGCAUCUGUGAUUUCAGGCAGUGAUGAAGGCAUCUAUGCAUGGGUUGCAGCUAACUAUGCCCUGGGUACUCUAGGAGCUGAUCCUAAGAUUACUACUGGGAUAUUUGAACUUGGAGGGGCUUCAGCUCAGAUAACCUUUGUUUCGAGUGUGCCCUUGGUCUCAGAGUUCUCUCAUUUACUUACCAUUGGGAAAAUCACUUAUAACCUGUACAGCCACAGCUUUCUCAAUCUUGGUCAGAACGUGGCUUAUGACAUGCUUCAUGAAUUGCUUAGCUCAAGUGACCUAAAUUCAUCUGCAGAUUUUUCACAGGAAGCAAUCUAUGUGGAUCCAUGUACUCCUAGAGGAUAUGUGCAUGAAAUAGAAUCACAAACGUUUUCUUCUGGCCUUAUUCAUGCAAAGUCCAAAUUUAGAUCUUCCCAUGCUAAUGGUAACUUCUCCAAAUGUAGAAUGACUGCACUGAAGCUUUUAGCGAAGGAAAAUGAGAAAUGCUUGGAUCAAUACUGCCGGUUGGGACUUAAAUUUAUACCUAUUCUCGAAGGUAGAUUUUUUGCAACUGAGAAUUUCUUCUACACUUCAAAGUUCUUUGGCCUUGGAGAGACAUCGUCACUUUCUGAUUUGAUAUCAGCUGGAGAAAAGUACUGCAGUGAAGAUUGGUCACAAAUCAUAAAUGAAUACAAUACUUAUCAGAAGGAAGAUCUCUCAAAGUUUUGCUUUUCUUCGGCAUAUAUUUUGGCCCUACUGAACGAUACUCUUGAAAUUGAUUUGGAUGAUAGAAGGAUUGUAUUCGCAAAGCAGGUCGGUAAUGUACCCCUUGAUUGGGCAUUGGGUGCUUUCAUAGUCAGACAAGCUUUACAGCAAAAGAUUGAGACAUCCGAUCGUAUCACUGCAGUUGUCCGCAAUGAAUCAUCACCAUGGCUCUCUACAAUUGUUGCCUCCAUCUUACUAACCUUCGCAGCAUGGUUUCUCUUACGAUGCAUGAGACCGAAGUUGAAGAUAAUAUACGACUUGGAGAGAGGCCGUUACAUACUGACCCUGGUCAAACAGUAAUUCUGCAUCGGUUCGAUAUAUCAUCAUCAUUGCCAAAUUAAAUUUGUCCCAAUUAUUUGAAAUAUUAUUUAAUUCGAGAUAGUUUUGUGUCAACUAAUAGACUUAGAUCGAUCCACAUGUUAGUUUUCUGAUUUAUGAUCAUGUAUCAUAGGUGAUCCCCCUGUGUAUUUACUAAGAAAUCUAUAGUUGAGUUUCGCAUCCAAUAUAUUGGUCCCUUUUCCCCCGA